AUGAGAAUCAAAGUGAAGACGCCAUCUGCAACAGAUGUUAUAACUAUAGACGAUGAAUCAAUCACAGUUGCAGAACUAGUCUCGCAUAUUUCUCGAUCGUCCUCGAAGCUUGGUGGAACCGCGAUAGCCUCCUUCAAAGUCGGCUUCCCUCCACAAACUGUUGAUGCCGCAUCCACCAUUCCAAUUAAAGAAGCAGGUAUUCGAGCGAACCAGCAGAUUCUAGCCGAGACAGGACCCUCUUCUGGCCUUCAAGAAGAAUCCACAGAGAUCCCGAGUUUCUAUGUCAAAGAACUCGACAAGUAUGCUAUUCUUCGUAAUGUUCCAGAUGAUAACUCAUGCAUGUUCAGGGCUAUAAGCUACUCGCUCACUAACCAACUUUCUAUGGACGGUAUCAAUCUCCGACAGAUUGUUUCUGAUACAAUCGCAGGCGAUCCGUUUACGUAUAACGAGAUGGUACUCGGGAGACCGAUCGACAAAUACUGCGAGUGGAUACAAAAGAAGGACUCAUGGGGUGGCGCAAUUGAGCUCGGAAUCAUUGCGGGCUCUUUGGGCAUCAGGAUCAACUGCUUUGAUGUGGAAACAGGCAAUUUGAUGGUCUUCCAGGAUGAAGCAGCCAAACCUUCCAAGUUUAUCUGUCUAGUAUAUUCUGGAAUUCACUACGAUAGUAUUGUUUUGAAUGGCAUUUUGAGCCUGAAUAAGCAAGCUGACGUUGGCAAUUGGAGUCUGCAAGAGGACCUCAUUGUGAGUGCCAGCAAGCUGCUCGUGAAACUUCUACAGCUGAGGAAUUACUCAACAAAUACCACCACAUUCCGUGUGCGUUGCUUGGAGUGCUACCUGGUUCUCGUGGGAGAAAACGGAGCAUCUAAACAUGCCAAUGAGACCGGUCACUUCUCAUUUGGCGAGGUGAAGUAG